AUGGCGCUCGCCGCCGUAUCAGGAGUUAAAGUUCCUCGCAAUUUCCGGCUACUCGAAGAGCUGGAGGAGGGACAAAAAGGCAUGGGGGAUGGGACAGUCAGCUGGGGUCUAGAGGACGACGAGGACAUGACCUUAACCAGGUGGCGAGGUGUCAUCCUCGGCCCUCCACGGACGAGCUAUGAAAACAGGAUGUACAAUCUGAAGGUUGAAUGCGGACCAGGGUACCCUGAGUCGCCACCAUUUGUCAGAUUUGUGACCAAGAUAAACCUUAACGGCGUGCACACUUCUAAUGGUGUGGUGGACAUGCAUGCAGUGACAGCACUGGCCAAGUGGCAGAACUCGUACAACAUAAGGACGGUGCUGCUGGAGCUGCGGCGCCUCAUGACCUGCAAGGAGAACAUGAAGCUCCCUCAACCACCUGAGGGCCAAAUCUACACCAACUGA